GCGAUCGCAAAGGGAAGAUGACGGCAGAACGACCUACCCCAGAAAGGGCAACUGGGUCAGUAAUAGACCUUGUAGACUUUGCCGGGAAGGACCCCAGAACGAAAACUGCAAGUCCUGCUUCGACGACGACGGUCCUGUGGGGAGAUCACGGGAACAGUGGGGACUUGACAGACACUCGCACUGUCCGUCAUGUGCGGAAAAUAUCCCAAGGAGGCAUAUCUACACCGUUUGCCAGUCAGAAAGGGAAAGGGACGCAGCAAGUUCCACAGCGAGCGAGAACCCCAAGUAGAGAUCGGCUGCAAACGGAAACCGCGACUAUUAUACGCGGUGAAAGUGGUCGUUCGACGUCGCAGGAACGUUCAAAUGUUCCAUCUUCGACACCACCAGCAACUUCUACGCUGAGUAGUGUACCUGAGCCUUCUUCUGGUGAUACGUCGAGCCCCGCGGAAGGUCAGGCUCAGGCAACGGUGUCACUUCCCUCAUCUUCACAGGACGCGUCAGGUCCUCUAUCAUCAUCCCCAAAAACUCCAUCCUCACCCACCAGGCGUCCCUCAACACUACCUCACGUGCGAACACCUGCAGACAAUCGCUAUUUAUCAUCUCGGCAUUAUGCCACGUUUUCUCAGAUUGCCUCGAACCAAUGCUAUUCCAUCGACAAUCAGACGAUAUGGCAAUCCGCUCUCUCAGGAGAUAGACUACCUCAACCGCAAACAAGUCAAGAGGCACUCGAUUUGGAGAUGUUGACCCUUCAGAUUGGACAAAGUUUUACACAGAACAAUCCUAUGACGGGAAACUUCAAUGUUCUGCUUCUGUACCUUCUCAGCCAUAUGCGAUUCAUGCGGGUCAUGGCGUAUGAUGGAACUUGGACGGUAGAAGCAUAUAAUGCUUUGUUCCUGGUUCGAUUGUGCACAAAGCACUUUGUUGAUAGUCUUACGCAGAUACAGAUUCACGAGCAGUUCGAAAUGGACAGGACCCUCUCCCUCAAAAGCCAAACGACUUCCCAGUUUAAAUCUGAUCAGGCGCAAAUGGCUCUCGACUCACAUGUGGUGCAUGACAAACGGCUCCGAGCACAACAACUUCUCGAAGAGCUGUUUCAUAUUAUUAUCUACGCGGAUGCUAGUACCGCUAUCAACUAUGAUUUCUACAUGGAAGCGAUGAAUCUUCUUAUAGUGAUGUGUUCUGCACAAUUAUAUCAGCCACUAUCGAGCGCUGUAGAGGGGUCAUAUUUCAUGGAUAUUGUAAUGGACAGAUUAAGUCACUUUGCAGGAGGAGCGAUGCAGCGACUGCUUAUGAACUUCGUUCAUCGUCCACCUCCUGUUGGCUCAUCAGGAGGGAUGCUCUACAGUGCAUACUCCUACCUUUUUGCCACCAAGAAGCCAGAAGGGGCAGCGCCAUCUCCUUUAGGAGAUAAAAGUGCAAUCCUCUUUCUGAUUCUCUCUGCGCAAAAUCCCAAGCACUUUGCCAACGAAUUUAAAGAGGCCAUCAAACGUUUUCAGGAUAGUAAUGUCUCGGAUUCAUCACAAAUGGCUGAGGAUGAUCAUUCCAUCAACGUCUCCUUUCGACAUGUUUAUCAAACAUUGUGCAGUAAUAUUUCAAGUGAAGAAGCUGGAUUGAUAUUAUACCCUCUGCUACUUCACAAUAGAAGCUUUCGAAGUUACAUGUUGUCACGAACCGAUCCGGAAGGUUUGUUGUUGCCAAUUCUGAGGCAAAUAUACGAGCUGGUGGAACAGAGGAUGAACUAUCCACAGCUGUACAUCCUACUUGUCCUCAUCCUACUGCUAUCUCAGGAUGAUGUUUUGACUGACAGUAUGCAGAGAAUCAUCAUUCCUGCUCAGCCGUGGUACACCGAAAGAGUCCUCAAAUCUGUGUCAUUGGGCGGUUUGACUAUUCUGGUCUUGAUUCGGUGUAUCCAAGCAAACCUGUCGACUUUUAAGGAUACAUAUUCCCAUACGGUUUGUGUGGCCAUUCUUGCCAAUAUGGCGCGCAACAUUUCAGGAAUCCAAUCCAUUGUCGCUCAGAGAGUUGUGAGCUUUUAUGAUAUGGUUGCAAAACGGUAUUUGAAGCUCACUGGACAACUAGCUCGCGAGUCAUCGGAAGAUGUUAGCACACCUAUAUCUGCUCAGCCAGAUCCGUCAGAAGACGACCCCGACACUAUUAUUUACGGGGAUUUAGUGGCAGUGCUCCUCGAGAUGAUCAACUCGGUGGUUACGUAUUCAAUUAAACAUAACCCGGAGCUAGUAUAUGCGCUAUUGCAUAAACGCGAAGCUUUUGCACAAUUCAAACUCCAUCCGCGGUUUGGCGAUUUGGUAGAAAAUAUUGAUCGGGUGAUAUCAUACUUCCAUGACAAGUUGCUGGAGGCCGAUCUCAAAAUGCCUUCUGCAGCCGACGUGGCAGGAGUCAUCGACCGCGCUUCAAAGACCUGGAGCAUCUCUAAGCUGAAGGUUAUUUCCGUGUUGAAGUUCCAUUACGAGGAGGAUGCGAAUGAUUGGCAGUUCUUGAUGUCGUAUAUAUGGACGUGCGCGCACAAGCACAGCAUCAUUUAUUGGGGGCCGUCACCCCUAAUUGACUCUUUUCAACUUGACAUUCCUGCCUUAGCUUGAUACGUCAGAUCAAUCGGACUUUUCUAACCCGCUAAUAGGUCGCGAAGACUUCUAAGCUGCAUGGGCACAUUAGCUAAACUGGGGAAUGGAUCGCCUCGGUCCGGUACGAUGCGGACUUCAUAAUUAGAAGAUCAUGCUGUUUUGGAUUGCUUUGCCCGAUCCGCUUCCCAUCUUGGAUAACGGAAAGAAGUUAAAUUAUAGUGAACUUCACGGGAAGGUCGUCAAAAUAUUUACUUUGCCAAUAUCUCCUCGUCUGUAUACCGUUUGGCAGUCUGCACCUUUUGUUCAAGCUUGAUAUGUUGGCGUCAGUUUACAUGCCCACAUGCAUGUUCACAAUAGUAUUGAAC